UCAUCUUUUAUAAUAAGUAAAUAUGUUCACAAGUAUAAAAAGAUAACCUCGCCGAUUGAGUCAUGACCGGACCCGGUGGUUGUGGUUUGGUUCUCUGGUGUUGAAGUGAGGUUAGAGAGGAGGUGGUUGAGUCAGGGUCGGCGUUCUAGGGUUUCACGAGUGGGGUUUUCCAGAUCUAUCCUAUCUUAUAGGUGACGGCGCGUGGUGGUAGGAGGCCAACUCCUCUCUAUGUUCCGGUGGUAGAUCUUUAGAUCUGGCCUGUACCGUUCUUCGUCGGAGGUGUGGCGUUAGAAGUUUGUCAUGUGGUAUUGCCUUGGUGUCUUGGUACUGACUCUCUUCUGACGCUGUGAGUGCUUCAGAGUGUUGUUUCCUCAUUGGCGUGAUGUAUGCUGGUGGAUUUCCUAGCAUGUGUUAAGGUUAUUAGUGUUGGCUUGUGGAAAUUCACGGAUCUGAUGUAACGGUGUGGUCGUCUAUGGUUAUGCUUGGCAGCUCCGUUGUCAUCCGGCUCAACUCUCUCUUCUACCCGGUUCUUCUUCCCGUUUCUUCUGUGAUGCAGGUGGCUCGCUAAUCAGAAGACUGCUCCUUAUUUCAGUUUGUGUAGGUUGGUAUGUGUCUCCGUUUCAACCUUUGGCAUGUGAAAAGAUUGGUUCCAGUUCUCAUAAUCAACUAUAGGCGAGGUGCUUAGACCAUUUGGGUUGUCUCCAAACUUAAGCUUACCUCAGAGAUUCCUUGUGGUGACUGGCACUUCCCAGUGUCAACGGUGGUCCCUAAGACUGUCUCGGCAGUGUUUGGUCACACUCUUCUUGUAGGCCUUGGAGUGUGGUCGGGAUAUUGUAACAAGCAGUUCAUCGAGCCCGUCUUUUUGCUUUUGUUGAAGAGCCUCCAAAGAUGCUUUUGAUUUCAAGAUAGGUACGUCCGUUGUGGGUCUGCGUUGUGGGUGCGUGAGAGGAGGAUAGUCGUCGGAUUAGUCAACCAUGACUCUUCUUCUUGGUGGCGUUGCAUACAAAGAAAGUUCGUGUAGGAACAUGAUAUAGGGCUAUCUCUUGUCCACUAUUGUUAUGGUAUGGUGGUGCUGUUUUUUAUGUCUGCUUGGUGUAGAGUUUUGACGUGUGACAAUCUUUGGAGGUUUUUCUUUCUUUCCGAAUAAAUGCUCUGCUUUGUCGAACGGGUGUGUUUGGCCUUGUGUGUUGCUGUCUGGCCAUGUUAGUUUCUGUUUUUGAGGUCUACAGCGAGUUGUUCUCGGUAAACCAAAUUUUAAAGAACAAUUUAUUGGGGCUGUCUUAGCCGAAGUUUCAGGGCAUCACGCUAUGCAAGCUCCACUGCUGCUGCUGCUGCUACGGCUUCACCAGUUUUCUCCGGUAGCUCGCUUCCUUCGUUGAGCAUUCCCUUGGACGGUGUCUCUCUUCCACCAUCACUCCCUGACAAUGUCGGGCCUAGCAAGCUUCAGACCACUACUCUUCCUAAUGGUCUUAUAAUAGCCUCUGAGAUGUCUCCGAAUCCAGCAGCUUCCGUUGGUUUAUACGUAGACUGUGGCUCUAUCUACGAGACACCUUAUUCCCGUGGGGCGACGCACUUGCUUGAGAGGAUGGCUUUCAAGAGUACAUUGAACAGAAGCCAUAUUCGUCUUGUGAGGGAGAUAGAGUCUAUGGGAGCUAGUACUUCAGCCUCUGCUUCACGAGAGCAGAUGGGUUACACCAUCGAUGCUCUCAAAACUUAUGUUCCUCAAAUGGUGGAAGUGCUUGUCGACAGUGUGAGGAACCCUGCUUUCGUGGAUUGGGAAGUCAACGAAGAGCUCGGGAAAAUGAAAGUGGAGAUAGGAGAACUAGCAAAGAACCCUAUGGGUUAUCUCUUGGAGGCGGUUCAUUCAGCUGGUUACUCUGGCGCAAUGGCGAAUCCUUUGUAUGCACCUGAGUCUGCAAUUAGUGGAUUAACCGGAGACGUCUUGGAGAAGUUCGUUUCCGAGAACUACACUGCUCCACGAAUGGUAUUAGCAGCUAGUGGAGUAGAACAUGAGGAGCUUUUAAAAGUAGUUGAGCCAUUACUCUCUGACCUGCCUAAUGUGGCUCGACCAGUGGAGCCUAAGUCUGAAUAUGUUGGUGGAGAUUUCCGUCAACAUACUGGUGACGAGGCUACACAUUUUGCACUUUCUUUUGGAGUGCCAGGUUGGGAUAAGGAGAAGGAAGCUGUUAUGGCCACUGUUCUUCAGAUGCUUAUGGGAGGAGGUGGCUCAUUCUCUGCGGGAGGACCUGGAAAGGGAAUGCAUUCUUGGCUCUACCUCCGCGUUUUGAACCAAUACCAGGAGUUUCAAUCAUGCACUGCCUUCACUAGCAUCUUUAACAACUCUGGAUUGUUUGGAAUCUAUGGCUGCACGAGUCCUGAGUAUGCUGCAAAGGGAAUUGAAUUAGUAGCUGAUGAAAUGAAAGCUGUCGCUGAAGGAAAAGUUAACCAGAAACAUCUUGAUCGAGCCAAGGCUGCUACUAAAUCUGCAAUUCUAAUGAAUCUUGAAUCUAGGAUGAUUGUAGCAGAAGACAUUGGUAGACAGAUACUUACAUACGGGGAGAGGAAGCCAGUGGAUGCAUUCUUAAAGACAGUGGACCAACUCACCUUAAAGGACAUUGCAGAUUUCACCAGCAAGAUUAUUGCAAAACCUUUGACGAUGGGAUCUUUAGGAGCAGUGUUGAAUGUUCCAAGCUACGACUCCGUAAGCAGUAGAUUUUCUUGAAGCUCUCUGUUCAAAGCAAGAGAUCUUUUCUUGCAUCAUAAGAACGAGUUGGGGGGACUUGUAAAAUAAAAAGAAAGCAUUUUUUAGGAAGAUCCAACCACUUCUCUUUUUGUUUUUCUUUUAUUGUUUCAUCUCAUAGUUUUUUGAAUUCUGAGAGAGGAUAAGUCCACCAAAAUGGCGACAAUUCACGACCAUGUUUCUAACUUGGGUUCGUGAAUAAUACCAUUGAUACGUUUACCAACUUCUUUUUUUUAUCUUCA